AUGCGUGUUGCUGUCAAGUGCCUUUAUCGACAUAAAACUUUUUUGCUUGUAGCAUUCAUAGUCAGUCUACUGAUGUUACUAAUAUCACUGACAGUAUCCAGCAUGUGUGGCCUUUUGAUUUCUGCCCGCUCUGAAUUUGAAUGCAAAGUUAAAAUGCAGAUGAAUGAGCUGUUUAGUUUUCCGGAAGUUAAUGAAACUGAAAUAUUUUUAAGCACAGGAAUUAUUUCAGGAGAUAUGUUAUUCUAUAAAUCGCUAAUGAACGGACAGCUGACAGCUAAAAAUGCUUCUUCUGGUAACCGUUUAUUUUCGUUAUUUCAGCCUGGACUUUCAAGCCAUGAAAGGCAACUGAUGUUAGUUUUGUUUCAGACACUCGUUCGGGCUUGUCUUAAAUUUCGUUUGACUUUUUUUCUGUACGGUGGAACGUUAUUAGGAUCAAUACGACACCAUGACAUCAUUCCGUGGGAUGAUGACAUUGAUAUUUUAGUCAAUUCCUCAAACAAAAGUUCUUUGAAGCAAGCACUGUUAGCUACAGGUGACCAGUUUGGCUUGUACUGUCCACAAUCUAAGUGGUGGAAGUUCUUUUGGGUAAAGUCAGACACACUUUCUCAUAAACCCUUCCGCUGGCCUUAUAUUGACAUAUUCUUCUUCGCGGAAAACAAAACGCACAUCUUUGAUGAAUCCCAAGACUACAUGCGCUCAUUUGCUUUUCUUAAAAAUCACGUUUUCCCGCUCACCUACCGUCCAUUUGCUGGGGCUAUGCUUCCAGCGCCCUGCAAAGCGCAAAAUAUUAUAGAGAACAACUACUCCCCAAGUCUAUGUACAUCUCCCAGGUUUUCUCAUAAAUUUGAGUUCGUGUUUCCAGAUUACGCACACACAAGCGUGCCGUGUAAAAAUCUGGAGACGUUGUACCCUUUUGUUUAUAGGCGAGUUUCGGGAGAUUACGUCCAUGAAUUUCUGUCUAAAGGGAAGCAGAUAAUCAAAACCGUUAGUUUACCCAAAACCUGUAGCUAA